AUGAACUGGGCGUCCUUUUAUGCCGUCAUCAGCGGUGUAAACAGACACUCCACCGGCAUCGGUCGUAUCUGGCUGUCUGUCCUCUUCAUCUUCCGUAUCCUGGUCCUGGUGGUUGCAGCAGAGAGUGUGUGGGGCGACGAGAAGUCUGGCUUUACCUGUAAUACCCAGCAGCCUGGCUGCAACAGCGUCUGUUAUGACCACUUCUUCCCCAUCUCACAUAUCCGUCUGUGGGCCCUGCAGCUCAUCUUGGUGUCCACCCCGGCCCUGCUGGUGGCCAUGCAUGUGGCCCAUCGCCGACACAUCGACAAGAAGCUCUAUAAACUGUCUGGCCGGGCCAGCCCCAAGGACCUGGAGCAGAUCAAGACCCAGAAGAUGAAGAUCACAGGUGCCCUCUGGUGGACAUAUAUCAUCAGCCUGUUCUUCCGCAUCAUCUUUGAAGUGACCUUCAUGUAUCUCUUCUACAUGAUCUACCCCGGCUAUAAGAUGAUCCGGCUAGUCAAGUGUGACUCGUACCCCUGCCCCAACACGGUGGACUGCUUUGUGUCCAGGCCCACAGAGAAGACCGUCUUCACUGUGUUCAUGCUGGCUGUGUCAGGGAUCUGUAUCUUGCUCAACAUCGCAGAGGUGGUAUUCCUGGCAGGGAAGGCUUGCAGUAGGCACUUAAGCAAUGCUGGAGACUCAACCAUGGGAGCAUGGCUCACCCAAAAGCUCUGCUCUUACUAG